AUGGGUGUUCAGGGAUUAUGGACCCUCAUUUCGCCCGUCGCCCGUCCAGUCAAUCUCGAGACAAUGGGCAGCAAGAGAUUGGCCAUAGAUUCAUCCAUCUGGCUCUAUCAGUUUCAAAAAGCGAUGAGAGACCGUGAAGGAAAAGGAAUCGUCAAUGCUCACAUCUUGGGUUUCCUCCGAAGGAUUUCUAAAUUGUUGUACUACGGUAUCAAGCCUGUGUUCGUAUUCGACGGUGGUGUCCCGAUACUCAAAAAACAAACCAUUAACGAAAGAAAGAAACGGAAACGAGGCGUGCAGGACAAUCUGGCAAAGACAGCUGAGAAACUACUCGCAGCUCAACUCAGACAAGCAGCUGUAAUGGAAGCUCAAAAGCGUUCCCAAGUCAAGCCAACGGGUGAGCUGAUCACACCAGAUACCGUAUACUUCGAUCAUCCCAUUGCCCAAGACUUCUCGGAGAAGAACAGUGUUCGGAGGAAACGCCAGUCGGAUCCCACCGAACAAAACACCACCCCGAUUCCGUCACCCACAAAGAAGUCAAGAUUUGUCCCUAAGGAUCAGUACCAGCUUCCGCCGAUCGAUAAGAUUCCUUCGGUUACCCAGAACGAUACGGAUCACCGACUGGCUACUGAGAUGGAAUUAAAACAAUUCAUCCACGAGUUUACUCCCGAAGAUCUAGACAUUAACUCUCCUCAUUUCCAGUCCCUAUCGACUGAAUUGAAGUACGAAAUCAUUGGCGAUCUUCGGGUCAAGUCCCGUCAACCCAAUAGGACGAGAGUAGAGGCGAUGCGCAAGACGAAUGAUCAUGAAUUCAGUCAAACGCAGAUCUUGAACCUUAAAAAGCGUAACGAUCUCACCCAGAAGCUUCUAACUGUCACCGAUAUGGUCGCCAAGGCCAAUCUCACGAUCCCUGUCAAAAUAGCUGCUCAACGAAACAAGGAAUACGUUCUCGUAAAAGCCUCAGAGGGUUGGAUCUUGGGAAUCGAGAAUGAAAGUCAGCAAGAGACUGGAAGCAGCAAGAAUCCAGUCAAGGUCGACGUAGAAUCUGAUGAAGAGGAUGUAGAGUUUGAGGAAGUCAAAAUCGCCGAGCCCACAGGAUCUUUGAGACAAAAUAAGGACUUACCGGCGGACUCAGACGACGAUCUGGAAUUCGAGGAAGUCCCUCUGCCAGCACCCGUCAGCAAGCCCAAGCCAAACCGGCAACAGCAAGAGGAUGACUGGAGGAAUGCCAUCCGGUUUCACUAUGGGACGAAGGACCCUCAUUCAGUAGUUGAGGUGGAGGAGACCUCCGCCUCCAAGCCCCAGGAUGACGUUAACCUAUUCCGAAUUUCAGAUGAAGAAGAUGAAGUGAUGAGAGACAUCAUAUCUGAGCUAGCAGCGCAUGAUGCUUCCAACCAAUCUGGCCCUAGUCGUGAUUUAGGUGAAGGGACGAGCAAGGGAACUAGAACAACGGGUCCACAGAGUAAGCCGCACGAGGUAGCCAAACAACAGUUCAGCACGUCUGCUACUGCUACUUCUUCUACACAGUCCCCAGCACGCAUCGCCUCCAAGGAAACGAUCAAUGAUAUCUUGGAAUCAGUCGAAUUGGAAGUAGACGACGAAUUUCUGAUACCGGCAACUGCCGCACCCAUUCAAGAAACCCAAACAGCCAUGAAGGCGAGCUCAAUCCAAGGCAUUCCAUCCAACCCAGAAGAACCAGCGAUCUCUGAAAACGAAAAUUAUGGUCGACAAAAUAAGGAAAUUGGCCUAGAAACGGUUCCCCAAUCGAAGGCAACUGUGCCUGAUAAGACGCCUCAAGUUAAAAUAAUUCCGAGUGUUUCAAAGUCAACACCAGAUGGAGCGGAGCACAUAGCUAUUAAUGAUAAGCAGAGCAGGAUGUCUUUCUUAGAUUCAAACGAAAACCAAACCACAUCUCCUGCUAGCACAGCUCCAGCAAAUGAAAGUAAUGAUCAAGUAGAAAAACUCCCGGCAUUGAAUGAACCAAUCAAUCCAUCAAAUCUCCGCAAUAUUCCAUCAUCGUCAUCGCCUGAAACACUCGUGCCCCCCUCGUCAUCUAUUGAUCGUAUUCCAAUUACUCCCGCCAAGCUCUCUACUACUGAGAAAAAUUCAAAUCAGUUACUCACCUCGAUUGAUUCCGAUUCCAAAGACCUACCGAGCCAUGACCGAGCCGUGCAGUCUACUUCGAAUAUCAGCGAAAUAACUAAGCCUUCUCCAGAUAAUGAUUCACGUUUGCAAGACGCCGAGUCCCCUCGACAAGGUGGGGCGAGUGGGUUAGACUUAGGAAACAAAGACGCGCGCUCAGAGUCACCCGAAAUCAGCAUUCCUUGGUCUCGUACACCAACACCCGAGUUAUCAAUUGAGAAGGAUGCUCAGAAUAUUGGCUCAGAUGAAGAGGAAUUUAAUAGAGUGAUCGAGGCCGAAGAGCAAGCGAUUGACACCAAUCUCGUCCUGGAGGCAAACGAAUGGGAAAGCUUUUUGGCAGGCUUAGAGGACCAAGAAAAACUGGGAGGAAUCCGACAAGAAGCCGACUCGGAGGUCCAACGAUUGAAAGCACAAAAAGCAAAAGAUAGACGAGAUGCAGAUGAUGUCAACGUCCAAAUGUCUCAAGAUAUCCAAGGCUUACUGAAGCUGUUCGGAAUCCCCUUCGUUGUCUCUCCGAUGGAAGCAGAGGCCCAAUGUGCAGAACUCUUGAAGCUGGGAUUGGUGGAUGGAAUCAUCACCGAUGAUUCGGAUGUCUUCCUGUUUGGUGGUCAUCGGGUUUAUAAGAACUUAUUCAACCAGAACAAGUUUGUCGAAUGUUAUCUGAUGAAUGAUUUGGACCAAGAGUUAGGCCUCGACCAACAGAAACUCAUCCAGCUAGCCUUCUUACUAGGUUCGGAUUACACCGACGGGUUAAAUGGUGUCGGGCCAGUGACCGCCAUGGAGAUCUUGUCCGAAUUCGAUCCCGCCUUUUCGACUAAUAAAGUCACCCAUCAGAAUCCUAAUCUGUCCGGUCUGUUGAACUUCAAAAAUUGGUGGGAGAAGGUUCAGGUGGGUAAGGAUACCGAACUGGAGUCGGGGACAUCCUUCAGGAAGAAAUUUCGCAAGAAAAAGGAUAAAAUCUGGAUAGAUGAUAAUUGGCCGAACCCCGCUGUGGCCGAGGCUUAUCUUCGCCCAACCGUUGAUCAUUCGACUGAGAAGUUCGUCUGGGGAUUACCUGAUCUGGAUGGGAUUCGAGAGUUUUUAUAUGAUCAUCUAAGCUGGUCCUCUAUCAAAACCGACGAAGUGAUCGUCCCUCUAAUCAAAAGACAAACUCAAAGGUUGAAUGGUACCGUUCAAACCCAGGGUGUUUUGGACGACUUCUUCGAUUAUUCUGUCCAGAGUAAUAAGGUUAAGCGACUUGCUCCACCACGAAUUGACAGCGGCAUCUCAAGCCAAAGAUUACAAAAGAUUGUCCAAAACUGGAGGCAGAAGAAGAAGCAAGCCAAUCAGAAUGUUGCAGAAGAAGAGGGAACUGGAGACCAGCAGCAGCACCAAGGAUCGUCGUCAGACGAGGUCGUAGUGCGUCCUCCUAAGGGCCGAAAACGCGCCAACCCGAAGCCCACUAAACCCCCGGCAAAAGCACGCAAAAUCAAGCCGAAGGAGGCCGUGCAAGUCCAGCAAACCAGCGCACCAUCCACGGGUACAUCAGCCCCCAAAUCGAAGGAUGCAGCUACUCCGGCCAUCAAAACACGGUCGAGUAAGAGGACCCAAUCCUCCAAUCUCUCAAAGACUGCCACAACCGGUAAAAGUUCUUACGCAGAAAUCAGCGAUCUUCUCGGGUCUUCUGGCCACGAAGGGUCGGACUCAGACUUGAGCUUCCACUCUUCCUCCUUCUCGGCCGCUGAUCCGGACGAAGACGGAGACUUCGAGGUGGUCAAAAAGAACCCGAAGAAGAAGGCCUGA